AGAGCUCCUGUAAUAAUUCGUAGCACUUCUGUCUAGUUUUGGUCACACUAAAUCAGUCGUAUACAAGUAUUGCUCGGUAUAUAUAUGUGGAAACGCUGCUAUAGUGUAAUUUACAUUUUUCAUGUGGUAUAUGCGAACUACAACGCAGGUCGUGCUAACAACGGCUAACAACAACUGUCUUCAUGGACAACAACGCUGGCCUGUUCUUGGAUCCGGACAGGAGGAUUUCUUUUAAUGGCCGUUUGUACCAGAAUGCACACGACACGAGCACGUACUACCUCGACCCGGACUGCACCACCGUGGCAAACCUGAUUAUGGCUGAGGACAGGCAAACCACAACAGAGAGUUUCAAGGAGAAUGCUGACCCUCUCAGCCCAUCACCAUCUCCUGCCCUGCCUGCAAGUGAAGGCUUCACCAGGGGCCAGACGCUGUUUUUGAUCGACCUGAUGCGCCAACACCUGGAGACAGAAGCCGACGGUCUCCCAAAGACAUUAAUGGAACUGAAUUCUCGGCUAAAAUCUGCCAGGUCAAACAAGAAGACCUUGUGGAUGGAAACUGCAGAGAAGCUCAGCAUUCAGUUCUCUGUGUUCUUCUGUCCAGAUAAAGUGGCCAGCAAAUGGAACACAAUAGUUGAUGCAUAUAAAAAUAUAAAGGACAACAAUAAUAGCACAGGAAUAGGAACCAGACGCUUCAAAUUUUUUGGAGAAAUGGAUGACCUUUUAGGAGGGCAGCAUGAUGUUGUCUUCCCUGUGGUUGGUACAGCAGCAGGGCUAGAAAUAAGAAGCCCGGAGGUGCUUGGGCCUUCAGCUGUCAUGGCACCUCUAGCAGAGGCUUCCUCUGCUAGACUACCAACACCAAGCACCACGCCCACACGGCCUCAUAAGCGUCUGAGGGAACUGGACGACGUCCUCCAGUUCCUUCGGGAGUCCGAGGAGGCCAGUCAGAGGCGUCAUGAAGAGGCACAGAGGCGCCACGAAGAGUUGCUGGCCCAACUUAAGUCAACCCAGCAAGGGUUUGAGGGACUGAUGUCUCGAUUACUGGAUAAACUCUGAUUUCCAAAUUUCUGUUUGCGUUUCAGUUAUUGUUUACAUUUUUGCUAUACAGUUUACAUUUGCCAUUUGCACUGUGUUUAUUUGCACUAGUUGGGGAUACUUGAAGUUUUUGGACAUUUUACAUGUUUGUUCACAAUUGUUUUUUCAUGAAUAAAAACUUACUUUUGAAUAUUA